AUGCGAACAUUCCAUUGUAUAGCAUAUGCUUUCAUCAUUCUUGUAGUUACCAAACCACAACUCUGUUGCAAAAACCCACAUAUGAUAUAUCAUGCUUUAAGAUUAUACCUAUUUGGUAAUGCUAAGCAGCAACAAAGAUUUGAGGAUGAUGAUUUAAUUACACUGAACUCAGCUUCUUCGUUGCAGCACUGUCAUGCUUCGGUGGAAAACUGUUGCAAUGUUGAUGCGGAAAAUAUCUACCUGGCUUAUAAAUUCGCAGAUGAUAUAAGCGCCGUGUCAAAGAUUGGAUAUAUAAGAAGCCAGCUUGAUUCAUUUUUUCCUGUUUUUAUAAAACCCUUUAUUCAAUCUCUUGAAAUAUAUUUAAGUGACCUAUUCACAAGCGGUAUCCAGAGUCAACUUCCACCUCACCAGAUAGCUACUUCAGUUUCAAAACUAUACUCUUCAAUUCUCUCAAUGAUAAGUAUGCCCGAACGAAAGAAUUUCUUUCAGGCUUCAAUGAAGAACGUAUUGCUAGAGCUGAAACUCAUUUCGGCAACUCGCCUAACUAAGCUUAAUCCAGAACUACAAUAUUGCCUGAGCAAUGAUGCAGAAAUUUUAAAUUUACUGGAAAUUGUAAAGCUGGAUGCAGUUGAUGUCUCGGCUUAUAAAAUUCAAGAUGAUUUGGAAAAUAAUCUUGUUAAAUAUUUAGAUCAUUUCUCGUUCUUCAUUGAACAGCAGAAGCUGUCGGAGUCCUGCGCUGCUGGUUUUGAACAACUCUUUUUCUGCCGUCUUUGUCAAAGCCAAAAUACCUCAGCGCAAAGCUACAACCAGGAAGUGCCUCAGGUCAUCAACCUCAUCGGUUCACCUUGCCCCUACAGGUGCUUGAAUGUAAUUCGGGGAUGCUAUGCAAGCCUAACAGGCAUUCAACCUCAGCUCUCCCAGUUGAGCAAAGACUUUAUCGACCUGAGUCGUCUGCUAGCUCAAAUUACCUCCAAACAAUCGGACACCGGCGGUGCAUUUCUCCACAACCACUUUCUCGAUGAGAUGCAUGCAUGGAGUAGGAAGCUUGAAAGUCUACCCUCUACCCAAUGGGCUUCUAUCCGCAAAAAGGCAAUUAUUCUGCCUUUUAAUCCACCAUUCGCGGCAGACUUUUUACCACCUAAAAUCAGGCACCUAUUCGACUUCCCCUCUCCAGCUGUCUUGACGGAUCACCUUUUUUCUCAAUUAAAGGGCCAUUUUCUGCCUCUUAUGCCUAUUCAUUAA